AUGGCGAAAGCUAUACCACAAUCAUUCCCAAACAUCGUCCACAAGCUAUGCCGUUGGCACAUCCUGAAGAAGUACAAGGAAUACCUCGCAUUGCUAUACAAAAAGUAUAAAACAUUCAAAGAGGAGUUCACAUCUAUAUUAAACUGGCCGAUGAUGCCAACGGAGUUUGAAGCUGCCUGGGCUGAACUCAUGCACAAGUACAACCUGGAGAACGACCAGAUGAUGAUGCAGCUGUGGAGUGAUAGGAAAAUGUGGAUUUCAGCAUAUUACAAGAACAUUUUCUGUGCUAGAAUGACUUCCAUAAUGAAGCGAGAGCAUGAAUCACGUGCUCAAGAGAGGGUUUUUCAAGGGGACCAAGAACCUACACAAACCAAUCCUGUGACAAAAACAACCUACAGCUACGAGGAAGACAUGGCUAUCAAGUACACGAGAGCCGUGUACACCAAGAUGAGGACUAGGAUGAGAAAAGCCACGCUAUUUCGCGCAAAGCCUACAGCAGAGCCCAGUAAGUACCUUGUGUAUUACCACAACAAGGCUGGCCAUGAUGAUGAAAACAGAUUUGCCUGGUCAAAGCAUGAAUUCCAGGUUGUAGCUGACCCAGAGAAUGAAAUAUACGAGUGUGAAUGCAAGCUUUGGACACACAUAGGCCUGUUCCGCCUUCACAUCAUGAACAUACUAGACUACCUAAAGCCUGACAGAUUUCCAGACAAGUAUAUCCUCAAACGGUACACAAAGACUGCAAUCACAACCAACCUUUGA